CGAGGGGCAGCCCGGUGGACCUGCGCUCCUAGCCGCAGAAACGCGUUCACCGCGGCCUGGAGGUCGCUCUCCGCCCUCUGCCGGCCGCUCCGCAGCGCUCUCCUCCCGCCCCCUGGUGGCCGGCCAGCGUGACCACCCAGGGCACGGCCGCUGACCCCAUCGCGGGCGAGCAGAGCGCUGGGCAGGUCUAGUGGCGUGCUCCAAGCCCCGAGCCCCGAGCCCCAGGCCGGCGGCUUCACCGCGGACACACGGCGCGGCCUGGCACCCUCCCGCCAUGAAGCGGGUGCUGAUCGUGGGCGCCGGGAUGACAGGAAGCCUGUGCGCCGCCCUUCUGAGAAAAGUGUCCGGUACUCUCUACCUCGCCGUGUGGGACAAGGCUGGCGACUCAGGGGGAAGAAUGACCACAGCCAGCAGUCCUCAUAACCCACUCUGCACAGCUGAUUUGGGUGCUCAGUAUGUCACCUGCACUCCUCAUUAUGCCAAAAAACACCAAAUUUUUUAUGAUGAACUGUUAGCUCAUGGCAUUUUGAAGCCUCUGACCUCUCCUAUUGAAGGAAUGAUGAUGAAAGAAGGAGACUGUAACUUUGUGGCACCUCAAGGAAUUUCUUCAGUUGUUAAGCACUACUUAAAACAAUCAGGUGCAGAAGUCUACCUCAGACAUUGUGUUACUCAGAUCAACUUGAGAAAUGGCAAGUGGGAAGUCUUCAAGGAAACAGGCUCCCCUGAGCAGUUUGAUCUUGUUGUCCUUACAAUUCCAGUUCCUCAGAUUCUGCAGCUUCAAGGGGACUUUGCAAACUUAAUUAGUGAAUGCCAAAGACAGCAACUGGAGUCUGUAAGCUACUCGUCUCGCUAUGCUCUGGGCCUCUUUUAUGAAGCUGGCACGAAGAUUGAUGUCCCUUGGGCUGGGCAGUACAUCACCAGUAAUCCCUGCAUACGCUUUGUCUCCAUAGAUAAUAAGAAGCGCAAUAUAGAGUCGUCAGAAAUCGGGCCUUCCCUGGUGAUUCACACCACCGUCCCAUUUGGAGUUACACACUUGGAACACAGCAUUAAAGAUGUACAGGAGUUAAUCCUUCAGCAGCUGGAAAACAUUUUGCCAGGUUUGCCUCAGCCAGUUGCUAUCAAAUGCCAGAAAUGGAGACAUUCACAGGUUACAAGUGGUCCUGCCAAAUGCCCUGGCCAGAUGACUCUUCAUCUCAAACCUUUUCUUAUGUGCGGAGGGGAUGGAUUUACUCAGUCCAACUUUGAUGGCUGCAUCACUUCUGCCCUAUGUCUUCUGGAAGCUUUAAAGAAUCAUAUUUAGUAUCUGGGUUCUUGUUCUCAACAUUUAGUUUUGGUUUUUGUUUCACAAUUUUCUAUUAUUGAUUAUUUUGAUUAUUAUUAUGUUGAGAGAAAUUACUGGAAAAUUGUUCUUCACUUGUCAUUUUCCAUGUGGAGUAUGAAAUCAAUCUUAUAACUUUGAUAGUUGUAACCCAUAUUAGAAUGAAAAUGCCUUAUAUCUUAUACCUUUUCCCAUUUUUCUGAAUUGUCAAUCUUUGUUGAAGAAAAAGAGUAGUGCUUAAGAAUUUGAUAUUUUUAGUCACACAGUACUUUCUAAGCUUAAAACAGGUUCCAGUCUUAAUAUGAAAGAUAAAACUUAAAUACAAACUGAGAGACAAAUAUAUCCAUCUUUAACUUGUGUUAUCUCCUAUAGCUAGUGCUCUUACCUUUACAUGCUCUCAAGUAUGUUCUUCAAGUUUAACGAAUUUUUUGCAUCCAACCAAAAACUUACUGAACCAGAAAAUAGAUGCACUUAAAAUAGUUCAGUAUUUACCAACUUAGUGGUUCAGCAUAUCACCCAUAUGUAUUAGUGACUUGAUCUCAUGACUUGCAGGCUAGGGAGAAAUUGAUCACCAACCUUUUAAAGCAAGCUGCCUGUUGCUAAUUUGAAAAGCAAAGUGGUGAGUUCUCUUUUAUCAUUUCAAAAGGAAAGAAACUGGCUCAACCUCCCAAACUAAAAAGAGUUCAACAAAAUACUCCUUACUUUGGUAGUGGUUAAAGAUUCACACAUACAUGCCCAUUGUCAUACAUACACAUAAAUGCACAAACAAAACUUGCUUAUGGAGCUAUAAAGGGAGUUUUAUGAUCUUACAGCAUUUUAUUAUGUUUCCUUUUAGUAAAAAAAAAACUGGUAUAAAAAUCUAAAAUGCCUGCAUGUGGUUAAUGUCACCUAUUUUGAAAUCAGAGAAAUGAAAAAAAUACAAACAUCUAAAAUGCC